UUCUCUCAUCACUUCACGAGUAGUUGUUUCCCACUCAUCUCUCUCUCUUCUUAGCUUCAUCACAAGCAACCAACCUGUCUCUUGUUGGAUACUUAGUUGGCUGUUGGAACCACUGAAACAUAUACACUCAAAAACCCACCACCACCCCACCCCACCGCACCCCACCCCGCCCCACCCACCCCCAGCUUUUCAUCUUAAUCUCUCCUUCUCUUCUCACUGUUUAGUCCCAAACUUAGACAGCUUUUCUCUCAUCUCUACCCUUCCUUCCUUCAUCAUCUCCGUCUCCACCUUUAGUAGAUAUGGUUUAAGUUUAGUCUUCAUAAUAAUUAUUAUUAUGAGUUCUUUUGUGGGGGGUGGUUUUUGAUUUGGGGUCUUUAGGUGGCCCUCUUUUUCUGCUGUAUCGAUUGUUGGAUAUAAUAAUGGGUUUUCUAUAUAUUAUAUACUUACAAACUAGUAUGUGAUUUGGUUGAUUAGAAUUUUGUCUUGUUAUCGGUAACGACUUAAUUAGGGUGUUAAUUGGUUUCAUAAAUUUAGGAAUGAGGGUUGGUGAGAUUUGCAGAAGAAAAAAGGUGAUUGGUACUUACUUGGGAACCAGUCGAUAAAUCAAGAUUUAAGCUUUUUGAGUUGUUGCUUAAGCUUAAGCUGCCUUCUGCUUCUGCUCCUGCUGCUCUCCAAUACGACAAAAACUUGUUUGAUUUAAUUUCAAUCUGCUAAGAAGGAAAAUUUUGUUUGGCUGAGAUAAUUUUAGGGUUUAUCAAAGGGAAAAUUAUAAUGUCGUCGUCGUUACCUGCUGCUGCUACUGCUGCUUCUGGAGAAGACGGUAAGGAUUUGAGAAUGCAAGCUGCAGCAGCUUCCUCUUUAGGUUACAACGCUAAUUCCCUCCUCGAAAAUCCGGUAAGCCCCACGGCGGAGAAGCCCAGAGGCUCCGACCCUAAUUCCGGCGGCGGAUCUAAAUCGAAGCCGAGGAUCAGCUACCGGGAGUGCCUAAAGAACCACGCCGCCAACAUCGGAGGUCACGUUACCGAUGGCUGCGGCGAAUUCAUGCCCAGCGGGGAAGAAGGCACAAUCGAGGCUCUAAAGUGCGCCGCCUGCAAUUGCCACCGGAACUUCCACCGGAAGGAGCACCACGGCGAGUCCGCCGCCGUGCACCCCCUCCAGCUCCCCCCUCCGCUGCCCUCCCCGUCCAUGAGCCAGCACCGGUCCGCUCACUGGGGCCCCAUGGUCCACCCGAUGAAAAUGGCCUUCGCCGGCGGCGGAGGCGGCGGCGGUACGGACUCCUCCAGUGAGGAGCUCAAUUUCAACGCCUUCCAUUCCAGCGCCGCCCCUCCGCCGCCGCCUCCUCCUCCGCAAUUCGCCGCGAAAAAACGGUUCCGCACCAAGUUCACGACGGAGCAGAAGGAGCGAAUGCUGGAAUUCGCGGAGAAAUUGGGAUGGAGGAUCCCGAGAGAGGAUGAUUCAGAAGUUCAGAGAUUCUGCGCCGAAGUUGGGGUGAAGAGACAGGUCUUCAAAGUUUGGAUGCACAACAACAAGAACUCUUCCUCUUCCUCUUCCUCCAAGAAAAAUCCCCAACUCCUCAUGUAAUUGAUAAAUUAGGGUUUCCAAUUUGGGGAUUCUUUUCUCCCCAUCUUUCUCCUCAAAUCAACCAAUUAUCAAUUACAACCCUAUCCCUCUAUCUUACUUUCUGUAGAAUUAAUCAACGUUUCAUUACUAUUAUCAUAUUCAUAUAUUACUUACUGAUUUUGAUCAUCA